AUGCCCGGCUUCCACGUGUACCCGCAGGCCUCCCGCCUCUACGGGGAGUGCUCGCCCGACGUGAGCGUGGUGGCGCUUUCCAUGCCCACGCCCGCACCCAUCGACCUCAACGCCACACCGGUGGCCGGUGGCUCGUCAUUGGGAGGCGCAAGGAAACGCGCGAGGCAGAUGCCGACCGACGUGCUACCGGACGCCCGCAACCUCUUCGAGGGAAUGCCGGCCGCCGGCGACAAGGACUACAUGCAGAACCUCAUCUUCAAGGGCGGUGCGCCGACUGCUGGCUACGAUUCCGACGAGACACAAAGCCAGGAUGGCCACGGGGCGUUCACGCCGGCCGCUGGCUAUGAUAACGAUCAAGCGACUUUCAUGCGUGAUCAGGUCGGCAUGGACCUGGACGGCUUCCCACUUGACCACGUGUUUCCGGACGACUACGGGCAAGAGGAAGAGGACGAGUGCAACAUCGAAGUGGAGCCUUUGUUUGAGGACGAGCUCGCCAACCAAGCCGCUGGGCCGAAGCCGAUGCGCAAGAGCAAGCGGACGAAGACAUACACGGCGACCGAGGACAAUCUUCUUUGCGAGUGUUGGCGAGACAUUGGACAAGACCCCAAGACCGGCGCCGAACAAAAGCAUUCAACUUUUUGGAUUCGUGUCCACCGAGAGUUUCAUGAGUGCAAGAAGUUUCCGCCUUACCAAAUUGUGAGCACGCGCGUGUGGGUGUCCAUUUUAAAGCGUUGGAGGGUGAUCCAACAAGAGUGCAACAAGUUUUGUGCCACCCUUGAGAGCGUCAAGGCCCGCCCUGUGAGUGGCAUCGGCAUGCAAGACAUGGCAUUUCAAGCUUUGGAGGCAUUCAAGGUCCAACACAAUGGCAAGUGCUUCAACCUCUCCCAUUGCUUUAGGGUCAUCAAAGACGAGGAGAAGUUCAAGGCGCAAUAUGCCGCCCUCAAGUUGCGUGGAGGGAAGCAUGUUGAGGAACGGCCGUCGGACCAACUGGAAGAGAAAUUGAAGGCCGCUCAAACGGACGAGAAAGAUGCGAAAAGACUGCACGCCGCAGGUGAGGGCGUUCUAACCCGAGUCAGAGAGGAGAAAAACAAACUCCAGAAUUGCAACAUCUAG